AUGGGUGUAGUUUGUCAUGAUGACCCGUAUUUAUUAUCAGUCAUAGUUCUAAUAGCCUCCAUUUCUCUACUCGUAAAUCUUAAUCGUACCUCUGCUUUCAAUCCCAUUAAGCUUUUCAACGUCUCAUCAAUUGAUGUUGAUCGGGUCAGCGCCAAUUGGGCCAGCACGGGUGCAACUUGGUACGGUAGCCCCAACGGUGCUGGGAGUAGUGGAGGAGCAUGUGGAUAUGGAGGAGAUGUAGGGCAACCACCAUUCUCUUCAUUCAUUUCAGCAGGAGGCCCUUCUUUGUACAGAUCGCAUAAAGGUUGUGGAGUGUGCUAUGAGGUGAAAUGCACAUCAAAUGUGAACAGAGCUUGUUCAGGAAAUCCGGUGAAUGUGGUCAUAACCGAUGAGUGCCCUGGUUGUAACAAUCAAGCUGUUCAUUUUGAUUUGAGUGGUACUGCUUUUGGCGCAAUGGCAAUUUCUGGCCAGGCAGAUCAACUACGAAAUGUUGGAGUCCUUCAAAUUCAAUACAACAGGGUUCAAUGUAGGUUUGGUGAGAAGAGCAUAACCUUUAAAGUGGAUUUAGGGUCGAACGACCAUUAUUUUUCUUCUUUGAUCGAAUUCAUUAAUGGAGCAGGUGAACUGGAGGGUGUUGAACUGAAACAAAGCCAAGGCUCGUGGGUUCCCAUGCAACGAUCUUGGGGUGCUGUUUGGAAGCUUAACUCUUCCUCCACCCUAAAGCCUCCAUUUUCUAUUCGUCUCACUUCAAUGGGCCAGACCAUUGUAGCCAACAAUGUUAUUCCCGUUGGCUGGAUUCCUGGCCAGACUUAUAGAUCAACAGUUAAUUUCGCUACUUGA